AUGUUCUCGUCGAUAGAAAUGGAAAAGCGAGUCUGACCGAUUUUGGUCUCUCUGCUCUCAUUCCUGAGAGAAGAAGUCAAGCACUAAUACCAACCUAUUGCGGAGGCACCGCACCCUACAUGGCGCCAGAAUGUUUGGCGCUCGAUGAUGAUAGCAACGAGUCGGCGCCGGUGUUUUCUCCGAAAAGUGAUGUAUACUCUUUCGGAAGGAUCAUGCUACAGGUAUUGGAGGGCAAGGUCCCAUACCAUUAUAUCUCCAACCAGUUAACCAUACUCGCCUUCAUAUUACGCGGAACCACACCCAAGAAGCCACCCACAGAUGUUGUCGGGGACAGCGAGUGGAAUUUCAUCCAGAGUUGUUGGUUAAAAGAUAUGGAACGUCGGCCCUCUGACGAAGACAUUCUGAGUUUUGUGGAUGAACGGGCUAGAACUCAAUCCUAGACAAUCCUACUUCUGUACUCGUUUCUUUUCAUCGUGUGUAGAUUAGGAACCAUGGACGUCGCCUGAACACAAUGUCGGGAAUCAAGUGAAUUACCGAUCGAUCGAUUCUACCACUUC